GCAGCAGCAGCAGCGAGAAGAUUGCAGCAGAGCCAGAGCGCGCAAACUUCGCUCCCAACGCGCUCGGCGGAGGGUGCCCAGCGGAUCGGGGCCAAGCUCGCUCUCCAAGCUGGCUUGCUGAAGGGAGAAAGCGCCUUGUCCAGAGUGGGGGAAAGAAAGGAGAGAGCUAUGCGCUCUCCAAGCCUGCCAGGGAACGUCCUCUCCCUGUACGCGGCGCUGGUGGUGUGCUUCAAGGUAGCGCGCGGCCAGCAAGCUCUAGAAUGUCAUCCAGGCGGUCACCAGAUCCUUCAGAGUCCAUACAGAAGUGUUGAUUUUGAUUCAUCACGGCUUCAGCAAUCAGCCAUCCAGGACUUAAUAUGUGAUCAUUCACUGCCAUCAGGGUGGUACCGCUUCCUGAUUUUCGAUAAGCAGGCUGAAAUGCCAACCAAGUGUGUGGAGAUGAAUCACUGUGGGACACAGGCCCCUGUUUGGUUGUCUCUGAGAGAGUCCGAGUCCUUGCCUCAGCCUGGUGAGAUCAAACACUUAACAGCCUGUGCAACCUGGCAGUUUUUCUUCAGCACCACAGAGGACUGCUGCCUUUUCCGAAUUCCUGUGAGUGUGAGGAACUGUGGAGAUUUCUUUGUAUACUUACUCCAGCCCACCCAAGGGUGCAUGGGAUAUUGUGCAGAAGUUACUUCAGGUGCUGAACUGCAGGGCCACCAGACUGGGGAAAGAGAAAACACAAGUAGUGAGAAAUUGCCUACUUCACAGUUGCCACUUCCUUCACCACCCCCUCCAAGCACACCUGAAAUAGUGGCGGUCUUACUUGAAGGAAGCAUUUUCUUAAGGUGCUCCUUUGAUGUUCCUACCACAAACACCUCUGUGGGCUUUCUUGUGGCUUGGUCCAGACUGUCUCCUGAAAGCAUCAAAGAAGAACUGAAGCAAGAGACAACAGUCCAGGCAUUCUCACUCUUAGAACUGGAUGGGGUAAACCUCAGACUAGGAGACAGGAUUUACUGCAGCAGUUCCACCUUUUUCUUAGAGAAACCAGAAAUGCAGAGUUCACUCAUCGAGAGCAUGGAAUUUUUUGCAGGAAUUAAGCUACAUCCUGAGGCAUUUAUAAUAUCAGAAGAUGGAAAGGAAUACAGACUGACGAUAGAAAGCAAAAUUCCCAUUCCUUGUCCUCAAGCUAGUCAGCUGGAAAAUGACUGCAAAAUCUCAUUAAAAUUAAGAACAAUAGAGGAAGGUAAAGCUCCACAGAGCUUAAACAUGGCUCUCUCUUCUUGCUCUGUGGCGCUUCUUCAGCAUCCUUGCCACAAUGGGACCUGUGGCCACGCUAGCAUCCAUUACACCGCAGUGACGGAUUUCACCCGAAAUGGAGACAGAGUAACCAGGAUUGCAGCAGAACCUAUUGUUAGUGACAAUUUCCUGUGGAACGGCUACAUGGUGGAAAGUAUUCAGGUUACUGUGAAAGAUCUGCCCUCUGCAUAUUGCUACUCUUUUACUGACCCACAUAUCAUUACAUUUGAUGGCAGGAUGUACGACAACUUUAAAACGGGAACGUUUGUGCUAUACAGAAGUACUUCCCGUGAUUUUGAAGUCCACGUGCGGCAGUGGGACUGUGGAAGCCUCUAUUACCCAGCAUCAUGUAACUGUGGUUUUGUUGCCCAAGAAGGGGCUGAUAUAAUAGCAUUUGACAUGUGCAGUAGUCAGCUACGUGAUUCUCAGCCGCACUUAUCUGUGAAGAGCAGAGCUUCAGCAGACAGCGGCGUCAGGAUCACUGAAUCAUAUUCAGGAAGAAAAGUCACGAUCUCGUUUUCUUCCGGAGCUUUUAUUCGAGCCGACGUGAGUGAAUGGGGAAUGAGUCUGACUCUCAGGGCCCCCAGUUUGGAUUAUAAACACACACUGGGCCUCUGUGGAACAUUUGAUGGCAUUGUGGAGAACGAUUACCAUGAUGUGGACGGAACUGAAAUCACUGGAGGAGCUGAUACUUACAUGUCUUUUAUUAAUGAAUGGAGGAUUUUGCCAGGAGAAAGUCUGUUUGACCAAAUACCGGAUCUUUCAACUCCAGCCCAGGAAAUCGUUUUCUGUAAUUGCAAUGCUGGUGACGUGGGAGAAGAUCAACUAGCAAAUAAACUGAAUUCUGUUUUUGAGGCGGAAUUGUCUUUGCCCUGCAGAAGAAACAAACAAAACGCUUGGCUCCCUUCCUUGAUCCCGGGGCUGGAUGUAACCGCUGAGUACAUCAGCUCGCUUGAUCCUAUCAGGGGCUUGAGGAAACGCGCUUCCGUGCUGGAGGAGGUUUCUUCUGCUGUUCCCUCCAGAGAGGGACGCUCUCUGAAUCAAAGAGCUCUUCAGACAGCAACCCCAGAACACACAGCUCUCUUUCUGAACUCAAAGACAGGAUUUACAACACACAAACAGGCUGUUUGGGGCCGGGGGGCUGACAGCUACACAGACAAGUUUGGCAGCCAGCGGCAUCUCAAAAGACAUUCACGCCCAAAGCGCCAACAUGACUACGAGUACCUUUCUGUGUUUCCAUCCCAGAGCCUAAGCCAAACAGAUCUGGAUGGAUUCAGCUAUUUCUUCCCAGAAGAUCACACGGCUGACCCAUACCAAGAGCCCAUUUCUUCAUGGCCUACGCCUUCCGGCCUCACUGAGUCGGAUGCGUCCGACCUUUGCCAGGAGACAGUUGCCAAUUCCAGCAUAGUGAGGGCUUGCAAGGCUCUCCUCGGCCAGCGGGUCAAUGAUGUGGUAAACUUGUGCAUCAAGGAUCUGCAACUGAAAGACGACCUCAGCUGGGCAAAGGCAGGCUUGGCCCUCCUAGAAAACGAAUGUGAAAAGAGAGCUUUGGAAGAAGUUAAUUACCGCACUGGAGAAGAAGACAAUAGAUUAGCUGAGGACUUGCUCUUAGCACUGAAGUGCCCCAACCUCUGCAGCGGGAGAGGUCACUGUGUUGAAUGGGGCUGUGCUUGUUUUCAAGGCUUCAGCUCAUAUGACUGCAGCACCUCAUCCGAUCAGGUUCCGGAAAUUACAGAGCUGAACAAUGGAGGGUUGUGUGAUGUCCGGCAGUAUGACUGCACAACUGUAAGAGUUUUUGGCCGUGGAUUCAUGGAGUCACCAGGCCCCAGAUGUGAAAUUAAUAAGUUGCAGUACAGUGAUAACAAGUGGGUGCUUGGGGAAUCUUUAUUCAUCCACGCCACUUUCCACAACACCAGGACCGUGGAUUGCCAACUUCCCUCUGAAGGACACCAGACCGAAGGUCUGGAUCUUGUGGAUGGCCAACCCGUUGCAAGGUGGCAAAUUAAGAUUUCUAAUGACGGGUUCACUUAUAGCAACCCUAAAACAGUGACAUUAUUUGAUGGAGCUUGUCAGAUAUGCGACCCACAAUCAAAUGGAUUUUGCACGUUAAAGGAGAAAACAUGCAACAUAGAUGGACUUUGUUAUGGCGAAGGUGACACAAAUCCUACAAGCCCUUGCUUACUCUGCAGACCGGAAAUAUCAAAGUUAACUUGGUCAGUUGCUGAAAACAACCAGCCUCCUGUGCUUCAAAAUUUGCAAGAAAGCCUGCAGACCUUUUAUGGGGAGGAUUUUGUGUAUCAAUUCUCAGCGACGGACGCAGAAGGCUCUGCCGUCGCUUUCUUAUUGAAUUCCGGCCCGCCAGGUGCCAGUCUUUCUCCCGCUGGACUCCUGAUCUGGAAGGCGCUGUCGAAGAAGCCUGAGCUGUUUACCUUUUUUGUAACGGACGACUGCAGUGCGGAAACCAAAGUUGCAAUAGAGGUCAGCGUGAAACCAUGUGACUGCUUAAAUGGAGGGUCCUGUGUGACCGAUACCAAUUUCCCUCCUGGAAUGGGGAAAUAUCUGUGCGUCUGCAUGCCUGGAUUUGAAGGUAGACAUUGCCAAAAAGACCCUGAUGAAUGCAAAUCCAGACCAUGCUUCCCUGGAGUAGCUUGCUUCAAUACUAUAGAUUCCUAUUAUUGUGGUCCAUGCCCCAGUGGCCUGUACGGAGAUGGGAAAAGAUGUUAUGCUGGAAUAAAACCAACAAGCAAGGCUCCCUCUGGUCGUUUGACUCCAGAAGAUGGAUAUAACAAAAUAGACCCCAGUGAAAGAAUUGGUGCGGGCAAAAAUCAUGGAUACAGUAUUGCUGGUGCCCAUACUGAUGAAAAUGUCUCUGGUUUCCUGCAACUGUCAACUGCUGAGGUUCCAAAUACCACAGACUUCCCUCUUAAUCCCACAGAUGUUCCCAGAAGUUUCAUUCCCACAGAAGUAGCCAACAGCAGUCCGUCCGUUUCUGCAGCCAAAACAACUGUGUCUUCACAUGUAUUCAUUUCCCAGAGCCCAGCUUUGAGAAAGCCUGUUAGUAGCGCAUCCCCUGAUUAUGCAUUAGGUGCCAGCACUGUAAACAUCCAUUCUGGCACCGCAAAGGAAGAGUCAGCAGCAGUAGACUCUGCAUCCGACACGCCACUUAGGAAUAAGAGAGUAUUUCCUGAGAAGACAACGGUGGUACGAGAGCAGAUCUAUUCCCCCCUAGAAGCCAGCAUAACAUUGAGCAGCAAAGCUAACGUGACACGAAUAACCAGCAAAGAAUCGGGAGGAGGAAGUGGCCACAAAUCCCAAAGGCCAUUCGGCAAACCUAAAGACAGCACUUUGCAACCCACCUUUGAAAGGUUUGCUGUGCCACUCCAAAGGCCUGGCACAGAUCGAAAAUCAGGCUCUGCGUCAACUGUUUCCCUGUUCCUCACUUGUGCAGAGUCACCCUGUUUCCCUGGGGUUCCUUGUGAGCCAAGUGAAAAGGGAAGCUUCAAAUGCGGUCGUUGUCCUUUUGGUUAUUACGGAGAUGGUGUCAUUUGUAGAGCAAUAUGCAGGCAUAACUGUGGUGAAAACAUGGAAUGUGUGGCACCCAAUACUUGCAGGUGUAAGCCUGGUUACUCCGGCCGCAGCUGUCAGGCUGCUCUGUGUCGACCAGAGUGCAAAAACAAUGGGAAAUGCACCAAGCCUAAUGUAUGUGAAUGCCCCCCAGGAUUCAGUGGCCCCAUCUGUGAUGAAGCACAUUGUGAGCCACCUUGCCAACAUGGAGGGACUUGCCUGACCAGAAACCUUUGCACUUGCCCAUAUGGGUUUGUGGGCCCACAUUGUGAAACAAUGGUUUGCAACAGGCACUGUGAAAAUGGCGGGGAAUGUCUCACCCCAGAUGUCUGCCAGUGCAGGGUUGGCUGGAAUGGACCCACAUGCAGCACAGCUGUGUGUGACCCAGUGUGUCUCAACGGCGGGUCCUGUAUUAAACCAAACAUUUGCCUUUGCCCCUAUGGAUUCUUCGGUGCCUAUUGCCAGAAUGCCAUCUGCAACCCUCCCUGUAAGAAUGGCGGCCACUGCAUGAGAAACAAUGUUUGCACCUGUCCUGGCGGCUACGGUGGCCGACGGUGUGAAAAAAGUGUCUGUGACCCGGUAUGCAUGAACAGAGGGAGAUGCGUGGGCCCAAACGUUUGUUCCUGCCCAUCGGGCUGGAGAGGCAAAAGAUGUAACACUCCUAUAUGCCUUCAGAAGUGCAGGAACGGGGGUGAAUGUAUUGGACCAAGUACUUGCCAUUGCCCUCCAGGAUGGGAAGGAGUUCAGUGUCAAACACCCACGUGCAACCGGAAAUGCCUAUACGGAGGUACAUGCAUACUGCCGAACAUAUGUGCUUGUCGUCCUGGCUACACGGGAGUCACAUGUGCAAAAAAAGUUCAGGUACAAGGACGUCACGCGUGAAGAACAAAUGUCUCUGGAUCACACAAUGUGCUGCAUGGAUGCCAGCCAUCUCAGGUGUGGAGAGGAUCACUCAAGACAAUGUUACAUGAGUGGCAGAAUCUGGCCCCUUCCACAUGCAGAGUGCAGAGUUGUUCUUCGUACAAAUGCGUUGAAGUUCUUCCCAUCCCCACCAGGCUGCCUCUGUGUAGGGCACAACGCUGCUUUGCCAAGCAUGCUGCAACCUUCCCAGCCAAUCACAUUAAGCAGAAGCCUGUUUAGGGCUCACCUCGAAGCACCCAGUGGCCUGCUUCUCCCCAUGGCUGUGGUGCGCAGACUCUUUGCAGCAGAAAGAUAGUGGCAUCAAAUGUGGGAUCCAAGGGGGACUGGGCUGCUAGAUACUUCCAGGUGAGGUCGGACCAGGCUUUACCUUAACCACAAAUGGCUGAGUAAGUUGCAGCAUGCUCAGAAUAGCAGCAAAUGCCCCCAAUUGACUGACAAUCAACAGCCAUCACACUGCUACUCUGGCUGGAGUACCCCCCGAGUUUGUUACAGCAAAGAAUCCGUCUCAGUAUGGUUUUGAAAACCAAUGAGAUUAAUUUUUGCAAAAUAGCUAAAAUAUCCAAAUCAGGCAUAAUACACCAUCAAUUACAUGUUUGUCAUGGUGCCUCAGAACUAGGUUAUGGCAGGUUUAAAUUUGUGUAAUAAAUACUUGGAUAAGGCAAAUAAUCCAUGAUAGCUGGAGGGAGCAAGUUUUAGAAAAGAAACUUGUGCCUAAUAUUGCUUGGGAUCCUGACUUGGCAAUUUGUGAGGUGCCUCUGCCAGUUCAGUCGUGGAAUACGACGCUACCAAUAUGUAUGGCGUAGGUUUCAAUUGUACCACUUUAAGCCAUCUGUUUACUGCAACUGACUGAAAAAUGAGCAUUUGGAGACAAUAUGAAUUUGAAACUCUGGAACGGUUUAUACAUCCCCUCAUAUGUACAGUAACAUGCCAGCACUAUAAAUUUGCUCCAUA